AUGGCCACCACCAUUGUCGGUAGCGGAGUCAUUGGACUCAGUGUUGCGUAUGAACUUCUUGUGAGCGAUGAUUUGCGCCCAAAGGAAUUGCACAUCAUUGCUCAACAUUUCCCUAAUGAAACUCCCAUCAGUCAUGAAUAUACGUCUGCAUGGGCAGGAGCCCAUUUCAGGCCAUUCCCACACCGGCCUUCUAGUUUCGAAAGCGAUUCUCGGGAAUCGCGGUACACCCGUACCACUUACAAGCGUAUGAAGGACAUUUCUGCGCGAUUCCCUGAAUCGACGGUCGAGCUCAUGCAGGGCAUCGACUAUUUGGAAAAUCCACCACGGGAGUAUGACGGGAAAAGCCCUGGCUUCAGUUCUGAAAGUCUGGACAACUUUUACAAGCUUGAAACAGCAAGUUUGCCGCGGGGUGUGAAAUCUGGCUUCAAAUACAGCACAUACUGUCUGAAUGCGCCUGUAUAUUUGGACUUUCUGCUAGCCCAGAUCCAGCAACUUUGCAGACUGCACAAAGUGCAGCUACACCAGAGGAGGAUGACAUUGCAGAGCUUGUCACAAGUUCACAGCGUCUGUCCCGCGAACUCCGUGAUUUUCAACUGUUCAGGCAAAGGUUUGCAGUUUGAUGGGAGCUACGAUCCACAAUGCUUUUCUAUCAGAGGCCAAACACUUCUUUUGAACGCACCCAAAAACAACAAAUACAAGAAUUUGACCGUUACUCAUCAGGAUAAGCACGGAAACUGGACUUUUGUUAUCAAAAGACCCGCUCUUGGUGGUCAGAAAGCCCAGUAUAUCCUUGGCGGAACGAAACAACUCGAUUCGAACGGUAUAGUCCCACGAGACACGGACACUAGCGCGAUCCUCGAGCGUGGCCGCGUGCUUUUUCCUGAACUCUUAGAAAAUGAUGAAUUUUCGAUUGCGCGCGUGAACGUUGGAUUCAGACCCGCAAGGAAUGGUGGCAGUCGAGUUGAACUUGAGCGCACACCACAGGGUCCCGUCGUGCAUGCGUACGGUCUUGGUGGAAUGGGUUUCGAAACUUCUUUUGGAGUGGCACAACAUGCACUCGAGUUGUAUCGCCAAAGGAUCAGAAGGUCGAAGCUAUGA